CUCAUGCGUACGUCACUCCGGAAAACCAUUUAUCACUUGAGGACAUUUUUGUUCAGGCGUGUCAUCAAACUGUGUACUGGAAAUAUAUUCUUUAGAGAAUAAACUGAGAGGGUAUCUUACCUGCUCUAUAUGGCUAUUGCAUCAGCAACCAAAGAUAUUGCCGUCUUAGAGGAUUUCAAAACCGCACAGGAUGCGAUAAAAUGUGACCUCUGUCCAAAUUCUGUCGAACUUCACUGUAAAAGGUGUGACGUCAGGCUGUGUGGAACCUGUGUCUCAAAACAUGUGUCAAAAAUUCAGAAUAGCCACGAAAUUGUAAGUUUCGUUUCGCGGAAAUCGGAGCCUUCGUUUCCAGUGUGUCAAUUUCAUUUAAACACAAAAUGUGAGUUUCAUUGUCAGACAUGUUACAUUGCAGUGUGUUCGAAAUGUAUUACGACUGGCCACAAGUUUCACAAGAUUGUAGAUUUGAUGGAAAUUUUCAAGUCAAAGUUGGAUUCAAUUCAGCAAAGUUCAGACGACUUAGAAAUGGUAUGUCUUCCCAAAUUCCAAAAUAUACUUUCUCAUUCGGAAUUGCGGUUAACAACAAUUGCUACUGAAUAUCAGAUUCUGAAGUCUGCCAUUAAGAAACAUGGACAGGAUAUGCACCGUAUUGUGGAUGUCGUAACUAAGCGAUUCGAGGACGAGGCUGAAAAAAUGGAGCAUGAAUCGAUGACUGAAUUGAAGAACCAUAUAUCAGAAACCAGACGGUCGAUUGAAGAAAUGCAUAGCCUAGUAGAAGAAAAUAAACGCUUAAUGCUAUCAAACGAUGUUGGAAAGGCGCUGUCUUAUGAUGCUGACAUAGAGAGAUAUCGGAAAGGAAAACAAGAAAUUAGAGCCUCGGUUCCAGAUUUCAAGCGAGUUAGUCUAACGACGGACGAGCUUUGUUGUCUGUUUGGGUCAUUGAAGACACCAGAGAAAGAAGGUUUUAUCGAAAAGAACAUUAUAAAAGACACGGGGAAAGAGAAUUUACUGAGAGUUGCAAAAGAGUUUCUAUUGAUGCCGAGUAUAUCGGCUACAAUAGACAGCGGUUCCGACCACGUUCAACGUGUCUGUUGUCAAGAGACGGACGAAGUUUGGGUCAGUGGGAAUGGUUCAGUCAUUACACGCGUAGACAUGGAGGGAAAUGUCAGGGAAAUCCUCCACACUUCUUCUGGCUAUGUUCCACAUGAUCUCGACGUCACUGAACCCGGGGAACUGCUUUACUGUGACAGUACCGAGAAAACCGUUAACGUAGUGCAGAACGGAAAACAGAGGGCGCUCUUGCAAUACCAGAACUGGCGACCAAUGGGCAUCGCUGUGACUGUAGCAGGGGAGAUAAUUGUUAGUUUGUAUAGCGACUUAGAAGGGUGUAGCAAAGUGAUAAAAUAUUGUCUUGGGAGGAAUGAAGAACAAGGUCAGGAAUCAUUGUCACUAGAGAGGCUGCAACCCAAACUUAGAAAGGUCAUACAGUACGACGAAAGAGGUGAAAAUCUCUACAGAUACGCGACCUUCGUUGCCGAAAACGGCGUCAAUAAUGACAUAUGCGUGUCUGACCAUGGGACAAAUACAGUAGUUGUCGUCAAUCACGAAGGAAAGUUCCGAUUCGUCUACCACAACAUAUUGUCCCAACGCAAGUACGAUACCUUCUUCCCGUGCAGUAUCGUGACCGACAGUCAAGGUCAUAUCCUGAUAGCGGACGGCGACAACGACUGCAUUCACGUGAUCGACUGCAAUCGACAGUUUCUUUGCUACAUCGACAACUGCAACUUUGCAGGUGUGUGCGGGAUCGACAUCGACUUUGCAGAUAAGCUGUGGAUAGGAGAAGUCGACUCGGGGAAGAUUAAGGUUGUUGAAUAUUUGCAACUUGCGGACGAAUGACAAAGAGUGUUUAAAGAGAGGAUAUACAUAAAAUGUAGGCUAUGCCUGUUGUCCAAUCCGAUUGAAUUUAUUCAAUAAAAUUUGAUUAAACUGAAUUAACGACGGAGAGUGGUAUUCUUUUUUUUGUCUCGCUGUCAGUCUGUU